GCGUCCGUUGUCAAGACUCAGUCCGCAUCAAACAACACUCUCUUCAUCUCGUCCUAUACCGCCCACUAUGGCGACCUCCACAGACCCAGAAACCUCUACCGACAACACCUCCCGCGAUGCGUCCUCCACUUCCUCUACCUCCCUUCCGAAACACCAAUCAUCCGCCACCAGUCGCGCAAAACCACAACCACAUCCACAUCCACAACCACAAUCACAACCCCGUUCAACCUCCUUCUGGCGCAUCCCAGGCCCCCUCAAAACCCUCUUCGAAGCCGUGCCCCUCCACACAUAUCCCGCGAACCCACUGCCUCAGCGCGCCGCUCAAUCCCUUCUCCGGCGCAGACGACGCCUCUCCUCCUCCUCCUCCUCCUCGCCCAGCAGUACACCCGACGCAGCACCACCAUCAACACCUUCGCUCUGGCUCUGGAUCAACCCCGCUGCCACCGAUCGCCUCAGCUUCAAUCCUUCCUGUCUGCGAUGGCAGGCCUACCUCGCCUUUCUCCAGAUCCCCGUCGUUCUCGUGCCGUCAAAUAACCACGCCAGUCCGUCCGGCGCGCUGCCGUUUUUGAUAUCCAACACAGAUAGUAGCAGUAGUAGCGGUGGUGGUGGUGUCGUGCCGAGUAAUAAGCUGCGGCGAUGGGCGGAGGAGAAUAGCGCGGUGGCAGACGGCAACAAUAACAACGAGGACGAGGAUAAUGAUGAUCCUACGGCAGCAGCGCAAAAGAGAGAAGAUGAUGCGCGACACGAGGCGUACAUCUCCCUCGUCGAGACAUCCAUCCGCCGAGCCUGGCUCUACACCCUCCACCACACCCCACUCUUCACCUCCCUAACCCACCCCCUCUACAUCACCCCCGCAUCCCAAUCCAUCUUCAUCCGCACCGCGCUCUCCCACCAAUUACGCGCCGCCGCAACAGCCGAACUCCUUAAAUCAUCCACCACCACCACCACCUCUACAUCAUCUACAUCCACAACGGAAGGCGGCAUAAUCGACGCAGAAGAGAUCUACACCCGCGCAGACGAGGCGUUUGAGGCGCUAGAGCGUGGGCUGGGCGGUGAGGAGUGGUUUUCGGGCAAGGCGCGGCCUGGCUGGUUGGAUGCGGUUGUGUUUGGGUAUACGGGGUUGGUGCUGAGGGGGGAUGGUGGUGGUGGGGAUGAUGAGGGGAGAGGGGAUGGGGAAGGGGAUGGGUGGAGGAUGUUAAGGGAGAGUAGGCUGGGGCAGAUGGUUGAGCGGAGAGACGGGUUGAGGAGGCAUCGGGAGAGGAUUGUGCGGGGGUAUUUCUGA